GUAGAAGUCGUUCGUUGAGAGUGGUUUUGUACUUUGUAGAGUGAAACACUAAAAUCAUGGCUGUAUUAGCUUUGUCAAAUCCUGUUGUACAAUCGUACAUCGUUUAUUCAGCAAUUUUGGCACUGAAAUUGAUAUCUGUGAGUACUAUGACGGCCAUCGCUCGUAUGACACGAGGCGUUUUUGCGAAUCCCGAAGACGCGAAGCCAUUGAAGGGUAAAGUUAAGUACGAUGACCCUGUCGUGGAGAGAUUUCGUCGCGCGCAUUUGAACGAUUUGGAAAACAUUCCCGCCUUCUGGGUAUUAGGUGCGUUGUAUCUGACAACUGGACCGGUGGCUGCUUGGGCGAUGCUUCUUUUCCGUGUAUACGCAGUAAGCAGAAUUGUCCAUACUAUUGUGUAUGCACUGAUACCCUUGCCGCAGCCGGCGCGCAGUAUCGCAUUUUUAGUACCCUGCCUCAUCAAAUGGUACAUGGGCUUCCAAGUUGCCUUGUAUUAUAUCAGUGCUCUGUAA